AUGAAGUUUGAUCACGUGAUUGCCUCACUAGCCCCGGAGUUUGCUGCUGAGGUCCGGGACCUGCUGAUGAACCGGUCGCCAACAAAUCCAUAUACUGCCUUGCGCUCUGAACUCAUCAAGCAGACGCAGUCCUCCGAGCAACGGCGCUUGCGGCAAUUGCUCACUGAGGAGGAGCUUGGCGAUAAAAAGCCAUCGCAACUCCUCCGCCAGCUCCGUGGGGAUUCGCCCAUUGCCACCCAAUGUGCAAAUGGUGCUUGCCUCUGCGCCUGGAAGUUUGGAUUUGGAAGUUUAGCCGAGAUGGCCGAUCGGGUUGUCGAAGUUGCCCGUCCACCGACAGUUAGCUCUGUUGAGCCAAGUAUGGAACUGUAUGCUGCUGUGGAGAGCCUUUCCGCCCAAGUGGCUGAGUUGUCUGGCACCAUCCAUGCUUUAACCCAACGUGGUCGCCCGCCAUUCACUCAACAUGGUCAGCGCUCGUCUCGCUCCAACUCACCGGCUACUGCCAAAAUUGGCACUCAAGACAGAGUUGGCACACCAGACAAUCAGAUCUGCCGUUACCAUAAGAAGUUUGGCACGCGGGCCAACAGAUGCUUUGCUCCCUGCGCCUAUCUUCAGGGAAACGCCCCCGCCAGCACCUAG